AUGCAUUUACCUCUAAUAUUCAUUUCCGCCAUUUUGUUGGCGGUUACACUUGUUAACGGCGACAAGGAGAAAUAUUCAAAUUACUAUGCGAACCGGAAACAACAGAAUCUCAAGAGGGUGUCAUUACUCGAGCCGGAGAGACCCCCACCUACUACUGACGAGGAAGACGAGAGUCCCGGAUGUAUAUUGAAGGUUGAGUGUAAAAGUAGAAAAGGUGAACCCGGAUUUCCCGGAAUACCUGGUGAGGACGGUAUAAGGGGAUUAACGGGUUUCCAAGGACUUGCUGGAAUGAAGGGUGGUCCUGGUGAUUCGGGAGGGUCUGGAUCUCCCGUGGCAUUUUUCGCAGCUCUAGACAAGAACAAGGGACCGCUGAUUGACCAGGUGUUGCCGUAUAAGCGCGUGGUCGUCAACCACGGAUCAGCCUAUGACCCCGUCACCGGGAAGUUCACAGCGCCAUCUAGCGGUGUGUACGUCUUCAACAUGGUGGUAGCGGCCCAAAAAGGAGAAAAGGCUGCCGUCAAGCUAUUUAAGACCGUUGACGGCGUUGACAACUGGGUGGUCACAGUUUUGGCGGAGAGUCUUCCGAGCUGGGGCACGUCAUCAAAUACUGUGUACAUCUCUCUUACCCAAGGACAGCAAGUCUACCUGAUUGCUAGUGGGGACCUGACUUCGUAUUACUACGCUAGCAUGUACACAACUUUCAGUGGACAUUUGGUAACACCUGCUGAAUAG